AUGCAACACCACCACCUCCUCCUCCACCACCAUCUCCUCCCCCUCCCCGUCCCGAUCCGUCCUCUUACCAUAACGGUGCUUCCUCUUGCUCCCAAUUCCCCCUGCCCCACUGACGCCUGCACCUCCCACGCAGUCUCCCCUCCUCUACACGACCACACCUCCGCGCGCACGACUGGUACCCCCCACGGCCCUGGCAAUUCCCUCACUAUAUAG